AACAAAGCCACAUAAAAGUACAGGAAGGAAUACAAACGUAACAGCAGCCACAUGCAUGGACCUGCUGUGGCCAUGGGACUGUUUUCACCUCUCAACCUAUCAUCAGCCAUACAAGAGAGUCAAAGACUAUGGCCUGAGCCGUACUACGUCCUGCAGUGUUGACCACUUGACCAGCCUAAGGCACCGCGGGAGCUGAGAACAGUGAGAGGGCAGGAGGCAAUCACUGAGCACUGAGCUAUGAGGCAUGAGCAGCUUCACCUUGGGUUGUGUCCAGUGCUGGGCUGCUGCUACUGCAGGGAGAGUCACUCUAGAUUGCCUCGUUAAGCGUAACUUCACGGUUCCCCAUCCUGAGGUUCUCAGCUUAGUCAGCUAUAUAUCGAUGCGAUCCUCCGUUAAGUUUGUGUUCUCAUUUCUUGAUAAGAAAUUUAAAGAAACACGGGACGCUGUUAUCCUCACUAACUUUAAGAUCAUAUAUAAUAAGACCCGGAACAGCAUAACCAAAACUUCUAACCAGGAUCUGGCAAAACUCAUCCCUGAAGGCUGGAACCGCAUCAUUGUGACGCUUACUGGAAGAUAUCUCACCGUAACGCUUGUCCAGCCUGAGGGUCACGUGCUCCUCUACACCCAGCACUUCGAUUACGACGUCACAGAGAUUUACGGGGAAGGAGACGUUACACGAUGUUCUGAAGCCGCGCCUGUGUUUUAUGUGCCUGAAGGAGAGGAAGUCCCUGUACAACUCUGGCCAGAAGGCAGCAAGCAGUUUAUUAAACUGCUUCCUGGGAAUUCCACCGAUCUCUAUUUCAAGUUCCCUGGUGAGGCCAAGAACUACAGUGUUCCCUCCAACAGUACCCUUCUAAUCUCCACCAGCUUCCAAGGGGACCAAACUAUGCUAGAAGUGUUCAAGGUGACAGAUAUACCUAUCUUUCAGGAAGGUGACCGGAAGUUGAUAGGGAACAGCACAGUGCCCAUAAACACCAUCAUGAGCCCGAUAUUUGGGGGCGGCCCAGCGCAACUCCGCCUCACUAAAGUACCUGAGUGUUGUAAUUCCUCACUAGCGGCGCCAGUCACCACCCCACCAGCUGUCCCCUGUUGUGUAUUGUCAGCUGUUUUUGGUAUCGUAUGUGUCAUCCUAGUGAUAGUGAUAGUGGCACUUGUCAUAUUGCGCAAACGUGAACUGAAGAAAAGACCAGACAAGAGUAGCAGUGAUGACAUUGAAGCCAACGAUGCGGAUGGAAAUGAACAAAUGGCCCUGAUGAACCAAAACAACAAUGGAAUUACGAAGAAAUUCACGGUACUGGCUUCUCUGAAUGAUGUGAGCCGCUUUGUCGACACUCUAAGUAAACAUUGCGGGGUUGCUGCCAGGAUAGAUGUGUAUACCACAGCAAUGAACGACGGGCAAGAGGAAUCUCAACAACUGCCCUGCAUUUCCGAUAACCUACACAACAUAAAAAAUGAAGUGAUGAACCAAAUCAAGCAGCUUCACAACAUAGGGCCUGCACUCAUUGAUUUUAUGGGAACGAUGGAGCAGGAGAAAUGGCAAGCCCUCCUGCAGAGUUUGAAGGAUUACAAUUUGCAGUUCAGAGAAUUGGCCAUUACCAGCUAAAACCUAUCCAUCAACUGUAAGUGUGGGCUCUCCAUUCUUCAGCAAGGAAAUCAUAUAGUAAUCCUUAGUCAUCAGUCGUCAGUCAUGCACCACGUCACCAAGGACUCUGUGGAUUCUAGACGCUCACCCAUUACACCUUUUGUCAUUCUGCCUUAUUGCAUUUAGUGUCCAUCACCUUUAAUGUGGAUGCAUCUUUGAAUUGUAAAAAGAGAAUUAUACAGAAUAUUUGCAAAGUUAAUCAGUACCUGUAUGUAUACAAUAUAGAUUUUAUACUAGCUAAAUCAAUGAGAUUGUGCAAAAAUCAAGCUCAAUUGUGACUCAAACUUUUCCUUGCUAAAUUAAUUUUGGUGGCAAAUUUACCCUUAAAUUUACAGGACAGUUUUCUCUGUUGCUUUAGUGCAUGCUAUUUGACUGAGCCACAUUAGCUACUGCAGUGUUUGCAAAUAAGUUUGUCUAUUACUUUCUUAGUAUAUGUCAAAAGAAGCCACAGAUGUGGCCAGCAAAAGUAACAGUGUGCUUGCUUUCAUUUUGCUCAAAAAAUUUUCUCAAAAGAAUUUAUAUUUAUUAUUUCAAUUUAAGGAAAAACACAAGUGCAAUUUUAGAUUAAGGCAAAAUAUUCCAGUACAGUGUCACAAGACGAGACUGAAUUUGAAUUGAUAUUUAUAAUUUUAAUUUAAGGUAAAGUGCAAUAGUGCAAUUUUGGUUAAGACAACAUUCUAGUGCAAUGUCACCACACAGCUCUAAAGAGCCUGAACAAACUUUAAAGUUUUGUAUGUAAUGUGUCCUAACAGAAAGUUAAGUAUAUUCAGUAAUGUACUUCAUACUACUGUGGCUCUUCUCCAAGCUAAGAACCAUUCCAAAAGGGAUAUGAUCUGACUCACUAGUAAAUUAUGAAUAAAUUGAAUAAGAUGUACAAAAA